AUGUCGAUGACUUCCAAGCUCUAUCACGAGCAGCGCAGUACGCAGAUCUGUUAUCCGUGGCAAACCCAUGUCCAAAUUGAUAGACUCAUGCUGCAGUAUCUCUUGAUGACCCAAGUCUACAAACAACAUUCGUGUGAUCCCAAUUUCCCUGUUCAGAUUAUUGACAAGAUAGAGGAAUUUCUCGCCAAUGAAGAUGUCUUCAGCAAUCCCGAGAAGCACGAAGGUCUCAUUGAUGAGAUGAAAGUCCAGAUCGCGCUCAUCACCAACAAUUCGCCCUACGCCGAGGUGCGCGCUGUGGUAGACAAUCAUGAUGACCCGGACAUGCCAUGCUCAACGAUCCGGGCAUGGAUAAUAGGGACCUUCUUCGCCUGCUGCAUCUCGUUCAUCAAUUGCUUCUUUGAUGUGCGUUUCCCCAGCAUCUACGUCUUGUCUCCGGUUCCGCAACUCCUGGCCUUCCCAGUCGGCAAGCUAUUCGAGCGUGUCCUCCCCGACGUGGGCAUCACCCUUUUUGGCGUCCGCCAUAGCCUCAACCCCGGCCGAUUCUCGCGGAAGGAGCACAUGCUCAUCACCAUCAUGGCCAACAUCGCGAAAAGCGUUCCAUAUACGAACUAUAUCAUAUGGAUUCAGGUUUUGCCGCGAUACUUUGGGCAAGCAUAUGCCAGAAAUGUGGGCUACCAGAUCAUGAUCACUCUGUCCACCAACUUCAUCGGCUAUGGUUUGGCUGGUCUCUGCCGCCGCUUCCUCGUGUACCCAGCGUACUGCGUGUGGCCGUCGUCCUUGGUCACCGUUGCCCUGAACUCGGCAUUCCAUGACCAAUCGAUUGAGGCCGCAACGGUGCCGGGGCCAUUCAAGUCGAUUUGGAAGAUGACGCGCCUUCGGUUUUUCUUGUGGGCGUUUGGGCUCAUGUUCGUCUACUUCUGGCUCCCGAAUUACCUCUUUGCGGCCUUGAGCAUCUUCAGCUGGAUGGCCUGGAUCGCCCCGAGCAACGGGGACUUGGCCAAUAUCACCGGUAGCUACAACGGUCUCAGCUUUAACCCGGUGCCCACAUUCGAUUGGAACGUCCUCAUGUACGCCCUUGACCCCCUUAUGGUGCCUUUCUUCUCCACAUUCAACUUCUUCCUUGGCACAUUUUUCUCGGGGCUCAUCGUGAUUGCCAUCUACUACACCAACACGUGGAACACGGCCUAUCUCCCAAUCAACUCGAACAGGCCGUGGGACCACUUUGCCCAGCCUUAUAACGUCACGGCCAUCAUCGAUGACAAGGGCAUCUUCGACGGCCCAAAGUACGAGGCCUAUUCUCCUCCCUUUCUCUCUGCCGCCAAUGCCGUGAUUUAUAUGUUCUUUUUUGCCGUGUACUCUGCCACCGUGGCCUACGGCGCCCUCUACCAUCGCCACGAGAUUAUGCUCGGCUUUCGAGACAUAUGGAGCGGCAUGAAGCAAUGGUGGGCGGCCCGACUUGGUAAGGCCAAAGGCGUUGAUCGGGAGAACACAGCCGAGGAAGACCUCCACCUUCUUGACGUCCACAAUCGGUUGAUGCGGCAAUACCCCGAAGUGCCUGAGUGGUGGUACAUGAUAUGCCUGGCCGUAUCCAUUGCGGUUGGGAUGGCCGGGAUUGCGGCCUACCCGACGAACACGACGCCGUGGGUGGUCCUGUAUGGCAUCGCCCUCUGCCUCGUCUUCAUUGUGCCUAUCGGCAUCAUUAUGGCCAUGACGGGUGUUGAAGUCACCCUCAACGUGCUCGCCGAGUUUAUUGGCGGGGUAUGGGUCGAAGGCAACGCUAUCGCAAUGUGUUUCUUCAAGAGCUACGGCUAUGUCACCUGUGCUCACGCGGUGUCGUUUCUCAAGGACUUGAAGCUUGCCCACUACCUCAAGAUCCCGCCUCGUUACACGUUCUGGGCACAGAUGGUUCCGACCCUUGUCUCGUCAUUCAUUAGCAUCGGCAUCCUGCAGUACCAGGUCGACAUCAAGGACAUUUGCACCAAGAACGCGCCGUUCCGCUUCACUUGCCCUGGGAACAAUACAUUUUUCACCGCCGCCGUAUUUUGGGGAACUGUCGGUCCACGCAAAAUCUGGGGCAUUGGUGGCCAGUACGCGCCCACCCUGAUUGGAUUCCCCUUUGGCGUCCUGAUUGUGGUUUUCUUCUACAUGCUGAGCCGGAGGUGGCCAAAGAAUGCCAUCAUCCGGAACGCGCACCCGGUCGUCAUGCUGAAUGGCGCGCUGCUCUGGGCUCCGUACAACUUGGCCUACAUCUGGCCGGCCGUGCCCGUUGCCGCAUUUUCCUGGCUGUAUUUGAAGAAGCGUUUUCUGGCUUUCUGGUCCAAGUACAACUUUGUCGCAUCGGCAGCUUUUUCAUGCGGCGUUGCCAUUAGCGCCGUCGUCAUUUUCUUUGCUGUACAAAUCUCGGACAUACAGGUGGACUGGUGGGGCAACAGCGUUGUGAGUUCUGGCUGCGACGGGAGUGGCGACUGCGUCCUCAAAGUCCUCCCAGAGGGAGAGUACUUUGGUCCAAGGGUCGGCGAAUUUCACUAGACGGGGCUUCGUACAUUUGGUGCGUGUGUAAUCAUUCUUUGUGCCUAGGUAUGUAUAUUCAUCAGCGAGUGGGCCCCAAUAUCUUUCCUUGCUCAAGAAUAUUUCUGCGCCUGUCCAUAUGAGAGGAUCUAUGAAAGGAGGAGAUGUAGUUAGUGGA